UAUCGCAAUAGCUCACUGUUAUCAUGUCACUACAGAGAUGUCCAAAACUACACUUAGGAGAUAGAUACAAGGGUCUUGUGUGAUCCGGGGUUAGCGGGGAGCAAUAGCGGCAAAUGAGCGAGAGACGGAGCUGAGUGCUUCGCUGUUUCAAACGAGCCGUAAAUUCGGAAUUUUGCAAAUCAAGCAUCGAACCGCAAAGCCACUGAUCUCUAUCAAGCUUCCCCUAGCUAGAAAACUAAGCAGGGCAGACGAAGGUCUCCAAUGGGGUUCAGCCGUUUCCCCCUCCUUAAACCCACACUUACUUCAGUAUCUACUGCUUCUCUCUUUUCAAGCAUCCCUUCGUCAUGCCCUUCCUGUACGAGGAGCCAGCACCGAACUUCCACCAGCCGCCGUCUCUGCACUAUGUCUUCUAACUUGCCUAUUCAGGGCUUAAUUAGUGGAGACCACCAUUCCUCCGCCAUAGUCGACGGCCUUCUGGAUUACCUAAACGAGUCGUGGACGCAGUUCCACGCCACCGCUGAAGCCAAGAGGCAGUUGAUUGCUGCGGGGUUCCAGCUUCUGGACGAGAAUAGUGACUGGAACCUACAGCCAGGUGGCCGAUACUUUUUUACGAGGAAUAUGUCUUGUUUGAUUGCCUUUGCUGUUGGAGGCAAGUAUAGGGUUGGGAAUGGGUUUCAUGUUGUUGCCGCACACACGGAUAGUCCAUGUUUAAAGCUGAAGCCGAGGACUGCUUCUUUAAAGACUAAUUACCUUAUGGUGAAUGUACAGACUUAUGGAGCUGGCUUAUGGCAUACGUGGUUCGAUAGAGAUCUCAGUGUCGCAGGACGAGUUAUCAUGAAAGCUGGUGAUGAUUUUUUCACACAUGAACUUGUAAAAGUGAAAAGACCUAUUUUGCGAGUGCCAACAUUGGCCAUACACCUAGACCGCUCAGUGAACACUGAUGGUUUUAAACCCAAUUUGGAAAGCCACCUUGUUCCACUGCUUGCCAUGAAGCUCAAAGAUGAUUCUGCAGACAAAUCUAUUCAACCAUGCUCUUCAAAAGCUGCUCACCAUUCAUUGCUUUUAGAGAUUCUGGCUAAGGAGCUUGAUUGCAAAAUUAAUGAAAUUAUAGACAUAGAGCUAAAUGUUUGUGAUACUCAACCUAGUUGUCUUGGAGGUGGUGAAAAUGAAUUUAUAUUCUCUGGGAGACUUGAUAAUCUUGCUUCCUGUUAUUGUGCACUGAGAUCACUAGUGGAUUCAUGCAAAUCAGAAAGUGAUUUGGCAGAUGAGACAGCUAUAAGAAUGGUAGCAUUAUUCGACAAUGAAGAGGUUGGAUCUAAUUCUGUACAAGGAGCUGGUGCACCUACUAUGUUCCAAGCCAUGAAACGAAUAGUUAGUUGCUUAGCUAAUGAUCAAAUUGGUGAGGGAGCUUUUGGGCGCACAAUAAGGUCAUCUUUUUUAGUCUCUGCAGACAUGGCUCAUGGAGUGCACCCAAACUUCCUAGACAAAUAUGAGGAGCACCACAGGCCAGAACUACAGAAAGGGCUAGUUAUUAAACAUAAUGCUAACCAACGCUAUGCUACAAGUUCUGUGACUGCAUUUCUCUUUAAGGAAGUGGCAAAAAUUUAUAAAAUUCCAGUUCAGGAAUUUGUUGUAAGAAAUGAUAUGGGGUGUGGUUCUACCAUUGGUCCUAUACUUGCAUCUGGAGUUGGAAUCAGAACUGUAGAUUGUGGUAUCCCUCAACUCUCCAUGCACAGCGUGCGGGAAAUAUGUGGGAAAGAAGACGUGGAUACUGCUUACAGACACUUCAUGGCCUUCUUCCGAAGUUUCUCUACAAUAGACAGGAAACUAAGCAUCGAUUUUUAGAAGGCAUUUUUCAUUACUGCAAUUGCUGAACUGCUGCUGAAGGAGCCGCAGAGAUUCUUAUAUCAUGCAGCCUUCAAAACAGAAAACAGAAAGCAGGAGAAAGAUUUACAUAUAUACCACUCAAUUAUUAUGAAUUUGUCUGUCUAACAUUUAAACCUCAAUUUGUAAAUAUAUGUCAUCUUAUCUAUGCAAUAAAAUUUGUAUUUCGGUUUUGAAAUGUUAAA